UAGACCCAGUGCAGAGAACUGACCGAGGAAAAGACACAACAGAACUGAUUCUGUCCUCCUGCUUGAGUGAGAUUCUGACGAGGCCAGACGUAAUGGAAUCACCCACAAUGGCGAGACAAUCAGACCAGGUGGCGCUGUUGUGUGACUCGAGUGUUGAUCCGGGGGCGGCAAGAUCAGCUGGACGUCAGCGGCAUUUUGUUUCCCUGGCGUCACUGACUGUGCUCGUUACUUGCGUGUUGGCACUCAUAACACUAAUAUUGUACGGAAGAGAGCACUUGGGAAUGUCAGAAAGAGAGACCGUGCGAACAAUCGACCCACCAGAAAAAUAUGAGUAUGAUAUGCUUCUCGCUGUUGACACCGCUAGUACGCAGUUGGUGAAGGAGGAUGUGCCACAGGCUUUCAUGGAGACUACUGAUAGCAAGGUUUAUGCUAAUGAUGUUGUGCUGGGAAAUGAUGAAGUCCAGGUCGAUACAGAAGCUGAGGCACAAAACGAUGACUCCUUGGGAACCUCGGAUGAGUUGCAAGGUCUCCUGGAAAGCGUGGGAGAAGAUCCAACAGACCCGGAUGCUGUGGCCUUCCUCCUGCCGCUGCGAGGUCACGUGGGGGGCCUUGGCAUGCGACUGGGCCGACGCCUCAAGUCUGUGAUGGAGCAGUCAGAGAAGGAGCAAGUUGGCAAUGUGUCACAGUUCAUCCCGAGUUCCAUCCUAGUCAGGGACACACAGUGCGAACCAGAAAUCACGAGGUCGCUGGCAGAACACUUCUACGAGGUACAUGGCGUCACGCGCUACUUUGGUCUGCUAACAGACGAAGAGAUCAUGACGGUAGCUCUGUGGGCGCGGACCAGAGCACCAGGAACACGGUUUGUGUCGCCCACGGCUACUUCCCCUUACCUGGAGAUAGCGAAGAACGUAGCGACGGUACAACCGUCUGCUAAUAUGCUAGCAUCGGCAGUAGCUGAUUUCCUUCUAACAGUGCAGGCGGUGCAGCCUCUUGUGGUCGUCAAGGCGUCCUUCCACACUGAUGCAUUCGUGUACCUCCUGCGCUUCUCUGGCGUCCGUCCUGCUAAGGUGCUGCAUUAUUACCACACCACCAACAUGAGUGACUUGGCGUGGCGAGUGCAGAGCCAUCUGGUAGUAUCCUCCUCCCCUGUCGUCCUGCUCGGAGACGCAGAGAGCUGGUUCCUCGUAGAAGCUGUCGAUCGUCUCAUAUCUGCAGUGUGGAUUAUUCCAUAUCCGACGCAGCUAUGUGAAAAAGCGCAAACCAAGCAGUCAGAGUUGAUAAGCUUCAUAUACCGCGCUCAUGACGACGUCCCAGGCAAAUUUUUGCAGAAACAGCCUAUGUUAGCACCUAUGGAGUCAAUAGUUAAGGCCUCGCACUGGCUUCUUAGUGGCGGCAAGCGCUGGUGGAGAGGAUCAUAUGUAGUGGCUGCAAAAGUGGCGGUAAAUUCUGUGGCAGCAGGAGUGAGGCUACUUGGAAAUUCCGAUGGUUGGCUUCCCUUGCUUCAGUACGACCUUACUGUUAAAGGCAUUGGUCGACGCCUCUAUCAAGAAUUGCUAGUAACAAAAGAUCUGCUCAAGCCUCUAUUGUCGGGUGAUAACUGUAGUUUAGUCAUACGUUACCAAGAAGAACUCACAGGAGAAUGUAAGGUGAACUAUAUGUCUGUGCAUUCCUCCCUCCCAACACUACUUGUGCCGGCUGAACGCGGCGCCCAGUUGCAUGUCGACUGCCGCCGCCAGCACGCAGACCUGCGCUGUUCUGCUCCAAAAGAUGCCUGGGCUCCCAUCACGUGCCACGGCUCCCUUCAAGGCGGUCAUAUCUUUGCGAGGGAGUGUGGAAAAGAAGUAGGUAUCCGUGUCGCAGCUUCCCAAGGAUGUACAGGGACGCAGGGACUAAUGUGCCGCGGGGGACGCUCUUUGGGUUGCCUCUUGUCUGGCCUGUGCACAUCCGUCUCUGUGGCGUCAGCACCCAUCUACCAGUGCGACGGCCUCAAUCUGGAUACUGUAGACUUCGAAAAGUUAAUCCCGUAAAAAUUUCUGGCAACAAACGACCAGAAUAUUAUGUUUAUCAAGAUGUGAUUGUAUAUAUGAAUAAAUCACAAAAGGUGUAGUAAUGUUGUAGAACCGACUACAUAUUCUGAGUUACUGAGCAUCAAAUUCACCUUAGUUCUUGUAUGUUAGUUAACGGUUUAUGUCUAUUAGCUUUACACACUCUUGAUGCGCUUCAUACUAUUGGCAAGAUUUGCAAAACGGGAAUGAUCAAGUUCCAUAUAUUUUCUGUUGUUCCGGAAUAAAUUGUUGAAAAAAAGAAAAAAA